UGCAUUCCAUUCCCCCCCACAUCCACAAGACCACAACCACAACCCCCCUUCUCCUCUCAGAUCCGCGUCGCGGCGGCCCCAAAUCCCACACGCGCACAGCGCAGCACCAACGCCGGAAGGAGACAGCGCCCCUCGCCCCCGCCACCCCAACCCUACGAGAGGGAGGGAGCCAGCCAGCCAGCCAGCCAGGCAUGGCCACCUCCACUUCCACUGGCCACCGCGCCGCCGACCUCGUCCUCCCCUCCUACCCCGAGAUGAUCGUGGAGGCGAUCGCGUCGCUGGCGGAGGAGAACGGGUCUAGCCAGGCCGCCAUCGCGCGCCGCAUCGAGGCGGCCCGCGGCGGCGGCGGCCUCCUCCCGCCGUCGCACCCCGCGCUCGUCGCGGCGCACCUCUCCCGGAUGUCAGCCGCCGGGGAGCUCGUCGCCGUCGCGGGUGGGAAGUACGCGCUCCGCCCGACUCCUCCGCCGCCGCCGCCGGCGGAUCCGGCGGCGGCGGCGGCGGUGGCGGAGGAGGAGGAGGAGGAGGAGGAGUUCCUCGCCGAUGAUGACUCGGCCGACGACUUACCGCCGCCUCCUCCGCCCAAGCGAGGCCGCGGCCGUCCCCCGAAGGUGCGCCCCCCGGGCUACCCGGCCGUACCCGCCGCCGCCGCACCCGUCCCCGUCCCCGUCGGUGCGCCGGUCGACGGCUCCGUCGCCGCCGCCGCCCCCGCCGUGCCGCGCCGGCGUGGCCGCCCGCCCAAGCCGCGGGACCCGCACGCGCCGCCCAAGAUCCCACGCCCGCGAGGGCGCCCGCGCAAGAACCCUCUCCCGGAAGGGAUGGUGCCGCCGCCGCCGACGCGCCCCGGCGCGACGGCCAAGCCGCGCCCGCAGUUCGCCGAGGUCGGCUUCGUGUGAGACGACGACGCCCAAGCCCAAGGCCGAAAGAGGAAUCGCUAACAUUUCACUCAAGUUUCCUGCUGCUGCUGCUGUUGUUUCAUGUGGAGUUCUUUCUCCGUUCGUGUUGUUCUAAUUCAGGGAGGAGCGUGUGUAGGUGCUGGACGAUGACGAUGACGGCGACGACGACGGCGAUUGCCGGUUGCCGCCGGAGGUGGUGUGUUUUCAGUUCGUGGUGUUGCUGCUACCCUUUUGUCGCCGGAGCAGCCUUUGCUUCCCGGUGGUGUAUCCUGUAUCUGUUGUCACGCACGCCCAGAAAUUGCAAUGCAAUUUUUAGUUGAUCGUUUUGAUUCGGGGGAGAUACUGUCCGGGUUUGUGCUUCUUGUUUCAGUGUAUGACUGUAUUGAUCAUUGAUCAUUUUAGCUUCUGCCUAGAUCUUUUGACAUUGUAGUGGUUGAUUUCAAGCAAGAACUGCAAAGGACUCACUGCUUCCCUGUU